UAAUAUUUUAUUAUAAGCCAAUCUUUAAGGAUCAUAAGUGAAAUUACGUCCAUGGACUACACGAUUUGUGCAAAUUUGAAAACAUUUCGUCUAAUAGAGCCUUAUGCAUUCAUAACCAUAACCAUAUAAAACAGAUGUUCAAACCAAUCUUACGGUGGUGAAUUGAAUAAUGUAUAAUGGAGACAUACCAUAACGCCAUGGCCACGGACAUAGACAUCAAUUGAACUUUAGUUUUCUGCCGUAACCAUAACAAAACAAACGAUUGUUUAUUUAUUUGUAAUUAUGCUAUUGUGUUCUGAUAUUGUUAAGUUUUGAUUAAAUAUUUUCGCCUGCACUUCAGUUUACACUUCUUUGAAUGAUUAUCUAGAUAAUGGAUGACAAAAAGCUAAUUGAGUCUGUUCGAAACUGCCCUUGCCUGUAUGAUAAAACCCACAAAGACUUCAAGGAUAGGGAGAAAAAACGACGAGCUUGGAUUGAAGUUGCCAAUAAUUUGGACGUUGAUGAAACUAUAGCUAUGAAACGCUGGGGAAAUUUGAGGGAGCGAUUCAGCAAGGAUAUACGAAAUCCUCAAAACUCCUCAGGAAGUGGAAAGCAGUGGGCCCUAUUAGAAAGUCUGCAAUUUCUACGAAGUCAUAUUAUCUCCCGACCCAUGCGACAAAGUGCCCCAAUAUUGAAAACCGACAUUAAACCAGACAUUCUUAACGAAUCGUCUUCAUCAUCUUGUGUUUUACCUGUGCAAUCUGCUCAACUUGACUCCGAAGAAUCAAUUUCAACGUUUCCAAUGCAAUCAAAUUCAAUUUCGCCCACUAAGUCUUGGCCAUCAACGUCACGGAUAAAAAAGCGAAAGUCCUCUCUACGGCUUGGCGAAAUGGACACCACUAUAGGGGAGACAGUAAAAACAUUCCAGGAAAUAUCUACACGAAAGGCACGCCGAGAAGAAUUUAGUUUGGAGAUAUGCGGUUUUGGUACAAUGAUAUGCUCGGCAAUUUCAAAAAUGAAAAAAUCCACCCAAGCUGCUGUGAUUCGUCGUUGCACGGAUAUUGUUAUGCAGGCGCAGAUUGACGAACACGAAGGAGACCAACGGGAAUGAAAAUAAUAAUUUAAUUAUAAUGAAUUGUAAUUAUAUUUUUAGAAAUUAUCUCUGAUGCUGAAAUCAAAGUACAAAUAAUAUAGUCAUAAAAUGAACCACUACUACAUUAUAUAUGUAAUAAACUAUUAAAUUUAAGAAUUAAAAACAGUGGAAUAUAAGUUUUGCAAUAUAUAUUAAUUUUUGAUGUAAAGUAGUUUCCUAACAGAAUAUUUUUUUUUGGCAUUGUAUUUAUAUUCAUAGAAAUUACCUCUGAUGCUGAAAUCAAAGUACAAAUAAUAUAGUCAUAAAAUGAACCAUUACUACAUUACAUAUGUAAUAAACUAUUAAAUUUAAGAAUUUAAAACAGUGGAAUAUGAAUUU